GGCUGCAAAUCGCAUGCGCAUUGGGAUACUAUAGUCCGGGACCAGACCGAGGACAGGACGCGAGCAAGAGGAGGAUCUUCGGCACGUAUUUUCGAAGUCCGGGCAUCGGCUAAACGAUGCAUUAAAUGACAAGGGCAGCAACAAGCCAGGUACACAGAGCCUCAUUGUCCCAUCACCCCACCAUGGAUAACCUAGAAGAGGACCUGACAUGUUCUGUGUGCUAUUCCCUCUUUGCUGAUCCUCGGGUCCUGCCCUGCUCUCACACCUUCUGUAAGUCCUGCCUGGACAACGUACUCCAAGUCUCUGCCGUCUAUUCAAUCUGGCGUCCGCUGCGGCUCCCACUCAAGUGCCCCAACUGCCGCAGUGUGGUAGAGCUCCCGCCAACAGGUGUUGAUGCAUUGCCCAUAAAUGUCUCCCUCCGCGCCAUCAUUGAGAAGUUCCAGAAGGACAGCCAACCACAGCCCCCCUCCUGCCCUGAGCACCACCGACAGCCCCUCAACAUCUACUGUGUCCAGGACCGCCAGCUCAUCUGUGGCUUCUGCCUAACAGUGGGCCAGCACCAGGGACACCCCAUCGAUGACCUGCAGGCAGCCUUCAUCAGGGAAAGGCAGGCACCCGCUCACCUACUGGGGAGGCUCUCAGACCACCGCUGGGCAGAGGUGUGUGAACUGGGGGAGCAGCUGGAGCAGGAGAAGGCCAGCUGCGAGGGCCUAGUGAGGCAGGACCGGCAGGCCGUGGAACAGUACUUCCAGGGGCUGGAGCUGGUGCUUGCCAGGAAGAAAGAGGCAUUCAUGGGGGCCCUGGACACUGCAAGCAUGGAGGUGUCGCUGGCCUACAAUCCACUCAUCCAGAGGCUGAAGGAGCUGCAGGAGGAGCAGCUGGACUUGUUGUCUCUGGGCUCAGCUGUGGAGGAUGAAGACUCCCCCCUGGUGUUCCUGGAGAAGGUGUAUCUGUUCCGGGAGAGGGUGGAGGCACUGGUAAAUGCCACCCUGCCCGAAGUCACAUCCCUCGCUAUCACCCCCCGUGCUGCUGAGUACCUGGAGCAACACUGGGUGGGGGUGACCAUCGGGGGGCUGGAGGAAGGGCCGGUGCCUCGGGUCUGCUGCUGUGCCAAGCCCACCAUUCUGGAGACGGUUCUUAGGACAGAGACAGGGAGUCAACCUGGAAGCUGGGUCCAUGAUUUGUGGCAGCAGCUCCAUCCCACUCCCCCAGUGGUGCUCCUGGGGAUGCUGCUGCUCCUGGCGGCAGUGUGGGUGAAUCCUGUUGGCGGAGCAUCUCUGGGAUUCUCCUUGCUGUCCCAGCUCAGUCAGAUGGUGCACGGCCUGAGUAGCGAACUGACCACCUCACUAUGGGAGACAACAGGCUUCCUGUAUGCACAGACAGGGGAGGUGGUGUGGGGGUACAGCUCUGCCCUCUCCACACUGGGGGAGAACACCUACCAGCAGCUGGCAUCCCUCUACAAGACCCUCAGCUCCUGACUCUUCACUUCAGGAAGGACCCCAGCU